AUGGCCAACCUGCCCUCGCAGCACCCGCACCUCUCCCUGCACCUGACGGACCGCGCGCUCACCCCGCUCGUCACGUCCGCGCGCUCGGCGCCGCAGCUCGACGCCCUCGGCUCGCUGUCGCACGCCGCGCUCGCCGCGCACGAGGCCGCGCAGCGCCUCGGGCUCGGCCAGCCGCGCCGCGUCCUUGUCGAGCACGGCCGCGCCGGGCCGCUCCUGCUCCAGUCCUUCGUGCGCCCCACCGACAGCGACAACGGCGGCGGCGGCGCCGACAGCCCGGCCCGCCGCCCCCGGGACUGCUCCCGCCCUUCGUCCUCGUCCCCGCGCCCCGCCACCCCCGGCGCCAACGGCACCUCGGCGGCGGCGGCGGCGGCGGCAACGCCGACACGGCAGCCGCACCAGCCGCGCCCUCCCGCGCCCGCAGACCCCGCUGGCGAGGCGGCCGCUGCGCAGCUGCACCGGCUGCAGCUCCGCGCGGGCGUCGUCGCGCCCUCGGACGUCGACGCGCGCCCGCGCCCCUCGCGCUCCCCCUCGGCCGUCGGCUCGGACGACCACCGCCAUACUACCAGCGACGUCCGCAACGGGUCCCCCGACGCUGGCGCCGACGCCGCCGACUCCGACUCUGACCCCAGCGACGGCGACGAAGACGCCGACGCCCCGCCCAUGUUCAUCGGCGUCGUGGUGGGCCCCGGCGGCGACGAGAGCCACGCCCGCGAGGCCCGCCGCGCGGCCGCGCGCCUCGAGCGUGUCGCCCGCGAGGUCCAGGCGCACUGGGCCGAGGCGCAGGCGCAGCUCGAGCCGGAAGGAGACGGCGGCGGCGGCGAGGGGCCGGAGCCGAGGCUGCGCGGAGGGGCCGGAGGGAGUAGGGGCCGGGGCCGGGGAGGCGAGGGCGCGGGGGAUUGAGCGAGCGAGCGACCUGCGUCUACGAGAGAGCGGAGAGGAGAGAGGAAAUGGCUGUGUUCGUGGAGGCUUUUUUGGUGAUGUCCUCUCGAACGUUAUUUUUUUUUAACAAAAAAGGAAGAAAUAGGGUCUCUUGGCUUGAGGACCGGGAGAGAAGACCCCGGCGGCACAGGGGAGGGGGGGGGGAGGUAUCUCGUGAGUCGAGCUGUCAGUCUCUGCGACACACAUACACACACCUACGUAUCUCCACGGGAAUAAUGCCCUUUGGACCCAGGCGUGGUAAAGGAGAGCGCACGCGGACGGUUUUAAAAUUAAAAACGGGGGCCGAGGGAGACGUCUGAGGAGGGUAGAGAAGGCUGCUUCAAAAUAGGCGAAGCCCAGAGAGGGAACAUGAGCGAGCGAGAACGGGUUACUUAGGUAAUAAGCCCCAGACCACCCGUAUAGGCCUGACCACCCG